CUAUUAUUGAACACUUGAUAUUCAUAAUUUAUGAUAGAAAAACAGCUAAGAAGAUUUAAGACAACUAUUAAUGAAAGGCUAUUUGAAUUGAAAAACUGCGAAUUGUUGACGAAAAUAGAAAAAAAAUGUUUUUUCUAAUUUUCGUAUUUCCCACACCGAUGAUAAUUGUUGUUGCACGAUCAGCAAGUAAAGGUGUACACAAAUUUCUUUCUGCAUUGAAUCCAGUCCUCAUCCAGGCACAAAAAAUGUCAGUCAUCCAGUUCAAAUCUGAGAAUGCUCAAGGCGACUGUCCAGGUAUUUUACAUGGGGAUGUAUCAAAGACAAAGAAGGGAGUUAUAGUUUUACAGGAAUGGUGGGGCAUUAAUGACCAGAUCAAAGAUGAGGCAAAAGACAUUGGUGAGAGGGGAAAUUUUGUGACACUGGUUCCCGACCUGUACAGAGGGAAGUCAGCAAUUGACAAAGAAGGAGCCGGUCACCUAAUGAGUACUCUAGAUUGGCAAGGAGCAGUAAAAGACAUUCAAGGAGCAGCGCGGUACCUGCUGGGACUUGGAUGUACUAAGGUGGGUGUGACUGGAUUUUGCAUGGGUGGAGCUCUGUCACUGGCUGGCGCAGCCCUUGUCCCAGAAAUCUCAGCUGCAGCUCCGUUCUAUGGAAUCCCAAGUCCAGACUUGUGUGAUGUCAGCACUAUCAAAAUCCCUGUGCAGGCUCAUUUUGGUGAGAAGGACGACAUCAAAGGGUUUUCCUCAAAGGAAGAUGCAUUGGCAUUGAAAGAAAAAAUGAAAGAUAUCCCAAAUUUUGAACUGUUUCUGUACCCUGACUGUGGGCAUGCUUUUACAAAUAAAACAGGGCUGCUCCAAAACUACAACGAGAAGGCCUGUAAUGAGGCAUUAACUAGGAUGACAGAGUUCAUGAAUAAAUUUCUGGCAUAAAGACAGUAUUAACUAAGGUUUCUGAGAAGCCUGAAGAAAUUUUUAAUGUUAAUCUAACCUUUUAAUAUCAAUUCGUGCUACUAAUAGACUUCCAUUUUUGUCUAUAAAAUAUAGGCAGCAACCCAAUAAUGUAUAAGCUGUGCCAUGAGAAAACCAACAUAGUGGCUUUGCGACCAGCAUGGAUCCAGACAAGCCUGCGCAGUCUGGUCAGGAUCCAUGCUGUUUGCUUUCAAAGCCUAUUGCAAUUAGAGAAACCAUUAACAAACAGCAUGGAUCCUGACCGGACUGCACAUAUGCGCAGGCUGGUCUGGAUCCAUGCUGGUUGCAAAGCCAGUAUGUUGGUUUUCUCAUGGUGUGGUUGAUGUAUAUAUUAUAACUCUGGAGAAGCUUGUAAGUUUGCAACCUCUUAAAAUUGUUUGAAAACACAAUGGAAACAAAAGGAAGACUUGAUUUUUAGAUAAUUAUGUAUUAAAUUCCAACAGUUUUCCCCUACUUUCCCUGCUUUGGAGAGAUGUACCAGGACAUAAGCUUUUAAGGCCAGAUUUUUGUAAUACAUAUAUAUAAAGUAGAAAAUUGAAAAAAAAGACUAUUGUCCAAUUUGGAGCAAAGUUGUCAAAUAUGAUUACCAUAGAGACUUAAACUAUCAAAUUUUGGAAAGAUAACUAAUGAAUUAUCAAAGUUAGAGAGAAAAAGACUUGGUGGAAAUAAUGAUUGUCUGGUUUGGAGGUUAUAGAAAGAGACCAAAAUUUGGAUUAAAGGAGAAUAGACAAACUGUCCAAUUUGGAAACAAAAACACCAAAUUUUUCUUACUUUAGAAAAUUAUAAGAUUCAAACUUUGAAAGACUCUUAUGUCCUGACGUUCAGUUUACAAUAUAAUGUUCAUGUGGUAUUAGUUAAACUUUAAUGGUGAUAAUCAUGUUUUUUUCAUUAACAUGUGUUUUUUUUUGUACUUUGCAUUAUUAUAAUAUUUUUAGUUUUAUUAAUGUUGGUGAGAGGUGUGGAGUGUGCUUAAUGGUAGUUUGUUUUAAGUCUGACACAGCAAAAUAAUGACAUUUGAACUUGUUAGUUAAGCUUUUCAUUAAAUUUGGACACAACAUUAUAACAAUGUUUAAACUUGCUUGUUAAGCUUGCCAUAAAUUUGGACACAACAUUAUAACAAUGUUUAAACUUGCUUGUUAAGCUUGCCAUAAAUUUGGACACAACAUUAUAACAAUGUUUAAACUUGCUUGUUAAGCUUGCCAUAAAUUUUUAAUUAUAUGAUAUUUGAACUUGUUAGUUAAAGCGGUUUCUUAAAUAUGGACACAACAAGUUAACAGUGUUUCACCUUGUUAGUUAAAGGUUAAAAAGUUGGACACAACAAGAUUAUGAUUUUUGAACUUGUUAUUUAGAGUUGUUUAUAAAUUUGGAGGCAGCAUCAUAGCUACAUGUAUGUGUGAACUAAGUGUACAUUUUAUACUUUAUUUUGUAACAUUGUUUUGUAUGUGCAGUUUUUGCUCUGUGCCAUAGCGUGGACCAGCAAGAGUUAAAAAAUCAGAAUAAAACAUAUGAAGAUAA